AACAUCAGAAAACGACGUUUUUUACUAUCGAAAGAUUGUAAUUAAUAGAAAUACCAAUAGCUAUAUCUGUACAAAGUUAUAUUAUUUCAAUAUAGAGGCAGAAUCCCGAGAAAGAAAUUUUCAAAAUUGCCAUCUCCAGCUGCCAACAAAACAGUUCUGCAGAGCUUGAAAUUUAGUCAAUAGUUUUGAAGAUCUACGAAGUGUUGAAAGCAAAAUCUAAAGUGAUCAUGGACGAGGCGCAAGAUACGGACUUGGACAGUUUUGAGCCACAAACAGGAAAAGUGAGUAAAGGAGAACAGAUUCAAGAGACUGACGGAAGCGGAACCCUUUCAGAAAAUAUAAACCAAUUGGAUACAAGUAAGAUAUCCAGUGACAAUGAGACAUUACAUCAAAACGAAACUACGGAAGUUCUGCGCAAAAAUAGUUCCUCCAUUGCUUCUCGCAAAGAACUAAAACAUGAAAUAAGGAGCUUGACUUUGCAAAAGAGCAAAAAAGAAGAUGAAAUACGGACAUUGAAGUUGCAAAGCAGCAAAAAAGACGAUGAAAUACGGAGAUGGAAGUUGCAAAGCAGCAAAAACGACGACGAAAUACGGACAUUGAAGUUACAAAACAGUGAAAAAGACGAUCAAAUAAGGAGCUUGAAAGAAGAAUUAAGGAAAUUUCGGGAAAAAGAUCGAAACGUGCCCGACAAAUGUGUUCAAGUCAAAGAGCGGCCAGAGGGGCAAGAAACAUUAAAACAGCAAGCACUAAAAGAAAUUGGAGAACUACAAGAUCCAACAUUUAAGAAUGCUAAAUCUUCAACUAAUGAAGGGGUCAACGGUUUGGACUCAAGUUCAAACGCAAACCAGAUAAAGGCUUUGCAAGAAAAUGGGCGUGAGAACUCCAACGAAAAGCCACAAAUAGAGAUCGCAGGAGAAAGAUAUGCCAGUGAACACGAUGGACCAAGCGACAAACAAGAAAAUGGGGGUGAGAACUCCAACGAAAAGCCCCAAAAGGAGACCGUAGGAGAAAGCUAUGCCAGUGAACACGAUGGACCAAGCGACAAACAGGAAAACAUGGGUAGUAACUCGAUGUACGAGCGUGCAAACGAACCAAGUGCAAGCGAAAAGCAAGAAAAUGGGGGUGAGAACUCCAACGAAAAGCCCCAAAAGGAGACCGUAGGAGAAAGCUAUGCCAGUGAACACGAUGGACCAAGCGACAAACAGGAAAAUAUGGGUAGUAACUCGAUGUACGAGCGUGCAAACGAACCAAGUGCAAGCGAAAAGCUGGUAGACGCGCAUAAAAAUUCGACAGAAGGGCCUGCGCACGAAACAGUUUCCGAAGAUAAAAGCACAAGGCGUUUGUUGUCCUCAAUAAACUUUUCUUGGACCAAUUGGAAAAAACAACAGGUCAUCAACAUCGACCUUUUUAAAGUCCUUUUUUGCAACUUUGCCCCAUGCGGCUUCCUUGCUUUUCUUUUGAUGUUGUUCUUGGAAGAAACAAAUUUGUGGCCUGCAAUGGUGCCACGGAAAUUGGAAAAGAUUUUGUAUGACAAAAUUGUUAACGAUAACGUAGAAGUAAUAAAGAAAUCAAUAAAGGAUGUUCUUAUUCCUGCAGAAGAAGACUCACUUAAAAAAUUUAUAGAGACGAUAAAGGUGUCUGUACGCAAUGGUUUGUUUAUGAUGCAAAACGAACUGAAAAAGUUGGACAUGGUGCGAUGUCCGCUUUGGCUACGUACUCUAGAAAAAAAAGGGUACUUACGCAAGGAAGACAUCAAAGAUCGUACAGAGAAGAGUGCGAAAGAGCAGUUCAAAACAUUGAAACGUGCUUGCGGUAUUCUCUGUUAUACGACAAAUGAAGAGAGUCAUGCUAUCAGCAUAGUAUCUAAAGGUGAAGAGGUUCACCUUUUCGACCUACAGCGACGUACCCUGGAGCCCAUCAGUAUUAAGGGCAAUAUUCUAGAGUUGGAACCCAUCAGUAUUAAGGGCAAUAUUCUAGAGUUAUAUAUAUACGUAUUAAAAACAAAGGAAGAGGAGAAGGAAGAGAAAAGGAAAGAGGAAAGGGAAGAGGAAAGGAAAGAAGAAAGGGAAGAGGAAAGGGAAGAGGAAAGGGAAGAGGAAAGGGAAGAGGAAAUGGAAGAGGAAAGGAAAGAGGAAAGGGAAGAGGAUGGAAAAUAUGUCAUUACUAUCGCUUGGAAAGAUAUCUCUUCGAAAAAAUGUGAAAAGAUGUAUGAAGACAUUCACCGCGAAAAUGUCAAUAGAUGCGUUUGUACAAACUUAAACGUAUAGGCGAACGAUGGCAAACAAUACCGUUUUGUGUGUUCGUAUGAUAACUACAAAAUAACUCAGCCACUUCGAUCAGUUGGCUUAGCAUGCGAUCGAAAAUCAUCAAUUAUAUCUUAUUCGUGUAAACAUAAACACAACGAAACCUGUACUUUUAUUUAUUCUCUUUGAAAACUUGCAUUUAGUCUCGCUGAAAACUUGUAUUUAGUCUAGUUGAAAUUUUGUAUUUAGUAUAGUUGAAAGCUCAUAUUUAGUAAAGUUGAAAUUUUGUAUUUA